AUGCCGGAAACAGACGAGGAAAAAGUGCGGAGAUACACCGACUGCCUCGCUAAUGGAACUGAUAUCAAAAGAGCUCUGAAACGUCUGUAUGACUUGAAUGUGUCUCCAGAAAUCUACAAGUCGCUAGGAACGUAUAACUGUGUUCAACGCUAUAUAACGUCACCGGAGUUGGCAAAGUAUGCAAAACGAGUUCGAGACAAACUUUGUGGAGGAAGAAAACGUGAACGCGAAGCUGGAGCAGAACAUGAGCACGGAUCACAUUUGAAGAAACCUAAGAAGGAAGAAGUUAAUCUUGAUGAAGAGUUUGCGGAAGCAAUGAAAGGUGGAGGAUCGGCACACGUUGAAAGUGUUCCACGAGUUGCUGUGGAUUACAGUAAAUACAAAGUAUCAAAACGUCCCGAAGUGAAAAUCGAGCCGAAAGUGGAAGUAGUAGAGGAUUUUGAGCAGGUAGCAGCGUCAUCAUCGUCUAUGUCACAGCACAAGAACAAACCGAAAGAUUAUGCACCAGUUAUGCCAACAUGUAAGCCGUCAACUCAACCGAAGAGAGUUAUUCCACAGAGUGAAAGCUUACAUGCUGAUGAGAACAUGUUCAAGCCUCGCAAAGGAAGACAAAAAGUAUUUGCUGGAAGACGGAGGCGUAUUGGAGAGGCUAUUCCGUCACUUCUUUCUUUGUGCCAAACUGUUCUCACGUCGAAUGUUGACAUGAUCGACCACGUUGGUAUGGUACCAUUCAAUCUACUCGAGCCGGCUCUCAAUCAUGCGACAACAGAUCAACUUCGCCGUAUUUUAGACAUAAAUCCACUUCUCGUUGAAGAUGCUGACAAAUUAUUCCAUGAGAGAGUCGCUCAAGAGUUUCCAAAGUACGCGGAUCGCGAGAGAGGCGAUUGGACUUGGCGCCAGAUGUAUGAUACGCUUGUUGAGAAGAAGCAAAAGAAAGAUGACGCCAAAUUGGAAAGACUGACUUCUCGUAUCGGAAAAGCUCAUACUGGUCAGAAUGGAAGGCAAACGAUGAUUAUCGACAUGGCACAUACGAGAGUUCGGUCGAAAUCAUUCUUUAACACAGUGAGAGACAGUCAAGUGAAAAUGACUCCAACACCAUCUGCGAUUCAGUUGUCACAAGCAAGAAAGAAUGUGAAGACUGAAGGAAAAGCACAACUGAGAACUAUUACUCCACGCGGAGGAGGAGUUCCUUCAACUUCACGUGGUCGUUCAAACAAUACAGGCAGCAGCAGUGGAGUCGUUGUAAAGAAGACAGCACCACUCAUGGCCAAGUGCAAAAAAAUGUUAAAACGAUAA